GUGAAAAGUCAAGAGGUCACUUACGUUACAAUAGUUUGUUUUGAUUCACAGUACAGAGGUAGAAUCUAGAAUCUAGAUCUAGAUUUCUAGUCGUUUUCUUACUCUUCACUCUUAGAUCACGAGUGACCUAGACUCUAGAGUUUCUUGAAAAAGUUUGUCAUGCAUUCCCACUGGAGAGGAUCAUUGGAUUGGAUAAAACAAGGUCUACCUUUAACUACAGCCAGUGAUGAAGCUUGUAAACUGUAUGAUGCCAUUGUCACACAGUACACAGGGUGGUAUGAUGAUGACAGCCUGGGUGGGAUGGCUGGGACACUGGAAAAACUGAGACAGGCUGACCCUGACUUUGUGAUGGGUCAGGUUGUCCAGAAUGGCCUUGAGUUACUGGGCACUGGCCGCAACAUUCGAUUAGACCAGUCUUUGAGUAACGAUGUUGACAGGAUGGUGGAGAGGAGCCAAACGGUUCCAGAAGUAACAGGCAGAGAGAAGAAGCAUGUCAAUGCCCUAGAACUGUGGGCUAAUGGAGACAUGGAAGGAGCUGCACUGGUCUGGGAAGAUAUUUUGGUAGAGCACCCUCAUGACGUACUGGCCCUCAAGUUGGCACACGACACUUAUUUUUACCUGGGUAACUCCUGUCAGAUUCGAGACAGCAUUGCCAGGGUGUUACCACAAUGGAAACCAGCCAUGCCACUCUAUGGCUAUGUAGUUGGGAUGCACUCUUUUGGACUAGAGGAAACAAAUUUGUACCAAGAAGCAGAAGCAGCGGCUAGAAAGGCGUUGUCAAUAAAUGCUAGAGAUGCUUGGGCCACACAUACACUGUGCCAUGUCAUGGAGAUGAUGGGAAGACAACAUGAAGGGAUUCACAUGUUGGAGAAAACUGGCCAAUACUGGAAGGCAUGUGGCAUGUUGGCUUGCCAUAACUUUUGGCAUUGGGCUCUUUACUUCAUUGAGAUAGGUGACUAUGACCAAGCUUUGUCACUGUUUGAUCAAGAGGUUUCUGUAAGGGCAGCUAACUCCGGGGCAAUGCUGGAUGUGGUUGAUGUCUGCUCCCUGUUGUACAGACUUCAAAUGGAAGGUGUAAAUGUUGGGGACAGGUGGGAUAAAGUUUACCAGGUGUGUAAGCCACACCUGCGUGAUCAUGUCCUGGCCUUCAAUGACAUGCAUCUUGUUGUUGCCUGUUUGGGCGCAGAUCAGAAGGAGGCUGUGAAAGAGUUAAUGGACUCUAUUCAAGACUUCAUCAGAAAUGGGAAGGGAACUAACCGUGAUGUCACUGCAGAAGUAGGGGAGACAAUUCUGAAAGCUUUCAUUUCCUAUGAUGAUGGUGAUUUUAGAACAGCUAUUGAUUUAAUCAUACCAGUGCGCUCUAAAAUUAUUAAAAUUGGUGGAAGUCAUGCUCAGAGAGAUUUACUAAAUUUGUUCCUCAUUCAAGCUGCCAUCAAAGCUCAGGAUAAAAAUCUGGCACGAUCCUUACUGAAUGAAAGAAAACUGUUGAAACCCAGUGCACCCAUGACUGAUAGACUUAUUAGCAAACUUAUGGAAGCCCUUUGAGAUCAUCAUUUUAAAAAAUUUAUAAUUUUAUUUUCAUCAUUACCCAGAACUUUCUUUCAAAAAUGCUUUAUUUAAAAGUCUGCUAGCCACUCGUGCCUUCUGCCAUCCUUUGUUGCAUUGUUAAUUUCUUGUUUUUAUG